AUGAACCCCCUUCCCUUCGCGCACCCUCCCCUUCCCCCUCGCGGGCAUUCCCCUUCCCCCGUCACUGUCACUCCCCUUCCUCGUCGCCAUCUCUCCCCUUCCCCCUCGCUAGCAUGCUCCGUGCUCGUUCCCCCCCCAUGCGCUCCCUCCACUUCCCCCGUCACUAUCACUCCCCUUCCUCGUCGCGUUCUAUCCCCUUCCCCCUCGCUAGCGUGCUUGUUCCCCCCCCAUGCGCUCCCUCCACUUCCCCCGUCACUAUCACUCCCCUUCCUCGUCGCGUUCUCUCCCCUUCCCCUCGCUAGCGUGCUUUCCCCCCCCAUGCGCUCCCUCCACUUCCCCCUUCACUAUCACUCCCCUUCCUCGUCGCGUUCUAUCCCCUUCCCCUUGCUAGCGUGCUCGUUCCCCCCCCAUGCGCUCCCUCCACUUCCCCCGUCACUAUCACUCCCCUUCCUCGUCGCGUUCUAUCCCCUUCCCCUUGCUAGCGUGCUCCGUGCUCGUUCCCCCCCCAUGCGCUCCCUCCACUUCCCCCGUCACUGUCACUCCCCUUCCUCGUCGCGUUCUCUCCCCUUCCCCUCGCUAGCGUGCUUGUCCCCCCCCCAUGCGCUCACUCCACUUCCCCCAUCACUGUCACUCCCCUUCCUCGUCGCGUUCUAUCCCCUUCCCCUUGCUAGCGUGCUCGUUCCCCCCCCAUGCGCUCCCUCCACUUCCCCCGUCACUAUCACUCCCCUUCCUCGUCGCGUUCUAUCCCCUUCCCCUUGCUAG